CCUUAGAGAGAGAGAGAGAGAGAGAGAGAGAGAGAGAGACUGGGUCGGUACCGAGGCUGUAGAACCGGGCCGAACGGAGAGCGACAUUAUGUCAAUAAACGAGGUGUACGUGUGCGCGCGGCCGUUCAAGCUGAUCGCGCUGCUCUGCGUGUUCCUCGCGCUGUGCCUGGACGUCGUUGCGCUCGUGAGUCCCGCGUGGGUGACGGCGGAGGGCUACGCGCUGUCGCUGUGGGAGUCGUGCAGCCACAACGGGGCCGCGUGGACCUGUACCUCCACCCUCACAUCCGAUUGGCAGGUGGCUGCGUUGGUGUUGUUGUUAUCCGGAGUGUGUGUGACGCUGCUGUCAUUCCUCAUGGCUCUGAUCUCACUGUGCAGAGGAACAACCAGGAUACACUCCAGGACUGUCUCUGUCUUUCUGUUUACUGCAGUGGUCCUCCAGACAUGUGCUCUCAUUCUUUAUCCAAUCAAGUUUAUUGAGUAUAAAAUGCUGCACACGUACCAUGAGUUUAAUUGGGGUUACGGACUCGGAUGGGGAGCUACCAUCUUCAUGCUGGGCGGGGGGAUCCUGCUCUGUCUCCGCACCGACAUGUACGAAGAUGGAAUGUACUAAAGACACAGACAUCACAGAAAGCUGCUAGCUGCUAGGUUUGCACUGCAACACUACACACACACACACACACACACACACACACACACACACACACCCUCUUUGAGAGUAAGCUGUAUCUGAGGCUACAUUUCCCAAAAUUCCCUAAACAAACUUUUUAAAAUAGACACUGUUCCUUAUUUUUUGCAGCUACAGUUAGCACAAUGCUACAUUAACAUAGUUGACUGGCUUAGCUAACAUAGCUGAUCUACUUGUAUAAUUUACAAAUAAAUAUAAAAAAUAUAUUAUGCUAAGUAUUUCUUUGACUUGUAGCAGUUAGAGCUAAGGAAAUGCAGAACAGGCCCCGCCCCAUUUAAAGCUUAAGCCCUGCCUUUUUUAACCAAACCCCACCCACUGCACUCAGAGUGUUACAGAAGUGUAGGAUGCAGAUAUAACCUUCUAUUCCAUGUAUUACUCUGUAUAUAUCCUGAAAUGUAGUAUAUUAUAGAUAGAGGAAGUUUAUAUGUAGCACACACACACACACACACACACACACACACACUGAAGAUGAAGGAUAUAUUUUGUUUUAUGACGUUUGUUUGAUCUUAUGAGUUUUUUUGUGAUGGAUUUGGGGGCGGAGUUACACAGAGUACGAGUUUAUUGUAUUUCUUCAUUUUAAUUAAAAAAAAUCAAUAAACACUGCUGCAGAGUGAA